GAAUUUGUCGAUGUCUUCAAUCGAAGAAAUACCAAACGAGGUAGGGAAAUUGAUACAUUUGAGACGCCUCAAUUUGGCAUCUUGUAGAGAGUUGGAGUCCCUGCCAGAAACCAUGUGUGAUUUAUGCAAUCUGCAAUCCCUAGACGUUACUGGGUGUCGUUCUCUCAACGAAUUGCCUCGGGCGAUUGGAAAACUUGUCAAAUUGAGGCAUCUCUGGAUUGAUGGUUCAAGUGUGGCCUUCAUGCCAAAGGGAAUAGAGAGGAUAACAUGUCUUCGAACAUUAGAUGAGUUUAUUGUGUGUGGUGGUGGUGAGAAUGAAAGUAAAGCAGCUAAUCUAAGAGAAUUAAGAAACUUAAAUCACAUUGGAGGGAGUCUAAGUAUAUGGAAUCUUGGACGAGGUAUAGAAGAUGCGAGUGACGCUGCAGAAGCACAACUCAAGAAUAAGAAGCGCCUGCUUCGUUUGGUAUUGGAUUUUGACUUCAACAGUGAGAACGGCAUUUUAAUUGAAGUUUUACGACCUCCGUCAGACUUGGAAAAUCUAACCAUAUCUAGUUACGGAGGGUUGGAAUUGCCAUAUUGGAUGAUGACAUUAACCAGAUUACAGGUGCUUACACUCGGUCAUUGUGUAAACCUGGAGGUUUUGCCUCCGUUGGGUAGAUUGCCCAACCUUGAAAGUCUAGAAUUAAGCGGGUUGAAGGUGAGAAGUUUGGGUGUUGGAUUUAUAGGUAUAAAAAGUGUUAACGAAGGAGAAAUUGCAAGGUUCAAUGCUUUCCCCAAAUUAAAAAAACUUUGGAUGUGGAAUCUCAAAGAAGUAGAAGAGUGGGAUGGAAUUGAAAGGAGAGUGGGAGAAGAUGCCAACACAACUUCAAUAUCCAUUAUGCCACAGCUUCGAGAGUUGAGAAUUGAAAAUUGCCCAUUGUUGAGAGCACUACCAGACUAUGUUUUGGCAGCGCCUCUACAGGAAUUAACCGUAACUGGUUGCCCCAUUCUAAGGAAACGUUACGGGGAGGAGGAGAUGGGUGGGGAUUGGCACAAGAUUUCUCACAUCCGAAACAUUUAUAUUUAAAGAAUAGUUAAGACACCACUACGGAAGUCUGUAGGACCGGCAGGAACAGCUUGGGCUUAGAAGAUACUGAAGAGCUACUUCAGAGUGGCUUCCGAUUUGGUUCUGCGUGGAUUCACUUGUUUAGUGUAUUAAUUAUUUACUUUGGUGUGUGCUAAGACUGAGAGAGACACUACGUAAAAUAAUAUGUAAGCCUUGUUUACAUGGAGGAUUUCAUUCAAUGUUGUAUUAAGCACCGUAUGUUUCCUAUAUUAAAGAUGAUACUCAUUAAUUUAGUGGAUUAAA